ACGGACAUGGAUGAUCAGUUAAUCAAAGGCAACAAGUCAAUUGAGGCCAUGAGCAGACAACUGACUCUUGUACUCGUUUCUCUUCUCUGCGUUGCACUCGCAGCAGAUGCAGCCGUGGUGGAGCGCAUCUUCCAUGUGAAGAACUUGACGAUCAGCCGGCUGUGCGAGAGAAGGGUCAUCACUGCGGUGAACGGCAGCUUACCAGGUCCCACUCUUAAGGUUUCUGAAGGUGACACCGUAGUUAUUCAUGUCAUCAACGACUCCCCCUACAACAUAACCAUUCACUGGCAUGGGAUAUUUCAGAAGCGAAGUGCGUGGGCGGACGGACCGAACAUGAUAACGCAGUGUCCCAUCGUCCCCGGAAACAAAUACGUGUACAAAUUCAACGUGACCGAGCAGGAAGGCACGCUGUGGUGGCAUGCACAUGCCUCCUCUCUCCGCGCCACCGUCUACGGUGCGCUCGUCAUCCGACCACGGAACGCCUCUUACCCCUUCCCCAAACCCUACCGAGAAGUCCCCAUUUUGCUCGGCGAGUGGUGGAAUGCCAACGUGGUGGACGUCGAAACGCAGGCUUUCCUCUCCGGUGGCAGUCUGAGCAACGUCUCCGAUGCGUUCACUAUCAACGGGAGGCCAGGUCACCUGUACAAGUGUUCUAAAAAUCACGCCUACGAGCUUGAAGUCGUCGCCGGCGAGACGUACCUACUUCGCAUCAUCAACUCUGCAGUCAAUAAUCAGCUUUUCUUCAAGAUCGCAAGCCACAGCUUCACCGUCGUCGCCGUCGAUGCCAGUUACACCAAGCCCUACGACACCGACGUGGUGGUCAUAGCCCCCGGCCAGACUGUGGACGCCUUGAUGACCGCCGAUGCUCCUCCCUCGAGCUACUACAUGGCCGCCCGAGCAUAUGCCAGUGCCGGCCUAGACGGCCCUCCGUUCGACAACACCACCACCACCGCUAUUGUCCGUUAUGCCAACUCCAGCAACCGGCCUUUACGUCCUUCGAUGCCCAGCAUGCCGGCGUUCGAUGACACACGGACGGCGCAUCGGUUCUACACCAACUUAACCGGCCUUCUACGUCCGGAGACGCCCGCCGUACCUCUCCACGUCGACGAGCGCAUGUUCGUCGCCUUCGGUUUGGGGGUCAGCCCGUGCGAGCCGAGCCAAGUGAUGUGCAACCGGAGUAGAGGUGCCAUCACAGCCAGCAUGAACAACGUCUCCUUCCAAUUCCCCGCCUCCAUAUCGUUACUGGAAGCUCACUACAACGGCCUCGACGACGGAGCUGUCUAUACGUCUGAUUUCCCGGAUAAUCCUCCGGUGAUGUUUGACUUCACCGACGCGAAGCUCAACACCGACCCGACCUUGACCGCGCUUCUGUACACGGAGAAGGGGACGAGGGUGAAGAAAGUGAAGUACGGCGCGACAGUGGAGGUGGUGCUGCAGAACACGGCGAUGAUUGGCGCGGAGAACCACCCGCUGCACCUUCACGGGUUCAACUUCUUCGUGCUCGCGCAGGGCUUUGGAAACUACAAUAAUGCGACGGCGGCGCGGGACAGCUACAACUUGGUAGACCCGCAAGUGAGGAACACCAUUGCCGUGCCGUUGAGGGGAUGGGCCGUCAUCAGGUUUGUGGCCAACAAUCCAGGAGUGUGGAUUAUGCACUGCCAUCUGGAGCAACAUUUGCCGCUAGGGUUAGCGAUGGCGUUUGAGGUAGAGGAUGGAACGACGCCGGAAUCGGUUCUUCCUCCGCCUCCUUCGGAUUUCCCGACGUGCUAGGAAGGGCAUGCAUGCAAGGGAAGGCUAAUUAGUUUAACAGCCUAGUUUGUGUUGGGGCAUCUCUAUUAUAUGUAUUGAUUCUUCGUGCUGCAAUUGUUUGUAUUCAUUGUAAUGGGUUUCCUUAUUUAUUUUUUUUUCCUUUUGAAAAAUUAAUCAAAAAAUAAUAAUUACAUACAUAUGUAUGAUGUAGUAAUUCAAGCAAAUCAAUGCAGAGUUGCAGACAACUUAGUUUUCGUA